GGGGAGGCGGCGGGGGCGGAGCGCAUUCCUGAUGGGUGAAAUCUGCUCUAACGGGACCGAUUUCCGGGCCUCGCUGCAAAUUCGGCGCCGGGGCCAGCGCCCCCAAACCCCUGCGGCCGGGGACCCCGGGGGAAAAAGGGAGGCGCGCACCGGGGAACGUUCAUCCGUGAGAACUGCCACUCCCUGCAAAAGCAGAAAUUAAACAGACGAAAAAUGGUGUAGUCUUGGGCCUCUGUCCCUCUCUGGAGACCCCUGGAAAUAUAAACAGCCCUGUUGUAAUGUGAAUGGCAAGCAAGAUUGCCAGUUGAAGAGACAUUCUGGUAGAAGCGAACCAUAGGAGGGAGCAAACUAGUUAGAGAACAUCUGUGAUAAGUCUUCUGUAAAUUGAACUUUUUCAAGAAUUCUCUGGAGGAGCCAAGUAGAAUUUUCUUACACCAUGACUUAAUCUGAAUGCAAGAACAAGAAAUAGGUUUGAUCUCUAAAUAUAAUGAAGGGCUGUGUAUAAACACAGACCCUAACUCAAUUCUAAUGAGUAUUUUAGACAUGAGUUUACAUCGGCAAAUGGGUUCAGAUCGAGAUCUUCAGUCUUCUGCAUCAUCUGUAAGCUUGCCUUCGGUCAAAAAGGCACCCAAAAAAAGAAGAAUUUCAAUAGGCUCUCUUUUUCGGAGGAAAAAGGAAAACAAACGUAAAUCAAGGGAGCUAAAUGGCGGGGUGGAUGGAAUUGCGAGUAUCGAAAGUAUACAUUCUGAAAUGUGUACUGAUAAGAACUCCAUUUUUUCUACAAAUACCUCCUCUGACAAUGGAUUAACUUCCAUCAGCAAACAAAUUGGAGACUUCAUAGAGUGCCCCUUGUGCCUUUUGCGGCAUUCUAAAGACAGAUUUCCUGAGAUAAUGACUUGUCAUCAUAGAUCUUGUGUGGAUUGCUUGCGACAAUACCUAAGGAUAGAAAUUUCUGAAAGUAGAGUUAAUAUCAGUUGCCCAGAAUGUACUGAACGGUUUAAUCCCCAUGAUAUUCGCUUGAUAUUAAGUGAUGAUGUCUUGAUGGAAAAAUAUGAAGAAUUUAUGCUUAGACGGUGGCUUGUUGCAGAUCCUGAUUGUAGGUGGUGUCCAGCUCCAGACUGUGGGUAUGCUGUGAUAGCAUUUGGAUGUGCUAGCUGUCCAAAAUUAACAUGUGGACGAGAAGGCUGUGGAACAGAGUUUUGCUACCACUGUAAACAAAUUUGGCAUCCCAACCAGACCUGUGAUGCUGCUCGACAAGAGAGAGCCCAAAGUUUACGACUGAGAACUAUCCGUUCUUCAUCCAUUAGUUAUAGUCAAGAGUCUGGAGCAGCAGCCGAUGAUAUAAAGCCAUGUCCACGAUGUGCUGCUUAUAUAAUAAAGAUGAAUGAUGGGAGCUGUAAUCACAUGACAUGUGCUGUCUGUGGUUGUGAGUUUUGUUGGUUGUGUAUGAAAGAAAUCUCAGAUUUGCAUUAUCUAAGUCCAUCAGGAUGUACUUUUUGGGGGAAGAAACCCUGGAGCCGAAAAAAGAAAAUAUUGUGGCAGCUGGGAACACUUGUUGGUGCUCCUGUAGGAAUUGCUUUAAUAGCUGGCAUUGCUAUCCCUGCAAUGAUUAUUGGCAUUCCUGUGUAUGUGGGCCGUAAGAUUCACAAUCGAUAUGAAGGCAAGGAUGUUUCAAAGCACAAACGGAAUUUGGCCAUAGCAGGUGGUGUAACAUUGUCUGUAAUCGUAUCUCCAGUGGUAGCUGCAGUAACUGUAGGUAUUGGUGUUCCUAUUAUGCUAGCUUAUGUCUAUGGCGUUGUUCCAAUUUCUCUCUGUCGAAGCGGAGGUUGCGGAGUUUCAGCAGGCAAUGGAAAAGGAGUCAGGAUUGAAUUUGAUGAUGAAAAUGAUAUAAAUGUUGGUGGAACUAACACAGCUGUAGACACAACUUCAGUAGCAGAAGCAAGACACAACCCUAGCAUAGGGGAGGGAAGUGUUGGUGGUCUGACUGGCAGUUUGAGUGCAAGUGGAAGCCACAUGGAUCGAAUAGGAGCCAUCCGGGACAACCUGAGUGAAACAGCCAGCACCAUGGCACUAGCUGGAGCCAGUAUAACAGGGAGUUUGUCAGGAAGCGCCAUGGUAAACUGUUUCAACAGGUUGGAAGUACAAGCAGAUGUACAGAAAGAACGGUACAGUCUAAGUGGAGAAUCUGGCACUGUCAGUUUGGGAACAGUUAGUGAUAAUGCCAGCACUAAGGCAAUGGCAGGAUCCAUUCUAAAUUCCUACAUCCCAUUGGACAAAGAAGGCAACAGUAUGGAGGUUCAAGUAGAUAUUGAAUCAAAGCCAUCCAAAUUCAGGCACAACAGUGGAAGCAGCAGUGUAGACGAUGGCAGUGCUGCCCGAAGUCAUCCUGGGGGUUCGUCUGGUGGUUUGCCUGAAGGUAAAUCCAGUGCCACCAAGUGGUCCAAAGAAGCAACAGCAGGAAAGAAAUCAAAAAGUGGUAAAUUGAGGAAAAAGAGUAACAUGAAGAUAAAUGAGACCAGAGAGGACAUGGAUGCACAACUGUUAGAACAACAAAGCACGAACUCGAGUGAAUUUGAGGCUCCAUCCCUCAGUGACAGUAUGCCAUCUGUAGCAGAUUCCCACUCUAGUCAUUUUUCUGAAUUUAGUUGUUCUGACCUAGAAAGCAUGAAAACUUCUUGUAGCCAUGGUUCAACUGAUUAUCAUGCCCGCUUUGCUACUGUUAACAUUCUUCCUGAGGUAGAAAAUGACCGUCUGGAAAAUUCCCCACAUCAGUGUAGCAUUUCUGUGCUUACUAAAACUGCUUCGUGUUCAGAAGAUCCGCAGUUGAAUCAUAUUGCUGAAGAACACAGUAACAAUGGAAUAAGGCCCAAUGUUGAUUUAUAUUUUGGUAAUGCACUAAAAGAAACAAAUAACAACCACUCACAUCAGACAAUGGAAUUAAAAGUUGCAAUUCAGACUGAUAUAUAGACCUAUAAAUGCUGCAAAAUAAUUACCACUUGAAAAACCUUGUUUGGAGCUGGUUGAACUACUCCUGACUAUUUUAAGUUUCAAGUUACCAGCAAAUGCCGGGUUAUGUAGUCAUAAGGCAGAUACAUUUUCUAUGUUCAGCAAAGCAUUGUGUUUCGUGUGGAUAUUAAUUACCAAACUAUGAAAUGAAGGCUUUAAAAGUGCAUUAUUGUAAGGACAAUAAUUCCUAAGAAAAUUAUGUUUUGUGUGUUUGCCACAAAACGUUGCUUGAAGCACAUACUUGUGUAUUUAGAUAGAAAUUUGGCUUAAUUUAUAAUCAAUAUAAAAUACUAAUGCAGUUCCACAGCAUUCUUAUGAAGAGGACUUGAGGCUUAGGGUUAAGUGGUUAGUGACAUUUUAUUGAAACCACUAAGGGAUACUGUUUAAAGAACCUUGCAGGUUACUCUCAGUAUAUAAUACUCUUUGUAACAUUUCUGUUCAUAACUGGGCAUAAAUUUCAUUUUUUUCAUCAUAUGCAGUGUGGAUAUAUACAGCUUAAUGCAGCCCAAUUGCUACCAUUUGGAUACUUAGACACUUUGAGCAAAAUUGUGGCAGUUUUUGCACACCUUUGCAAUAGAAAUACCUGGUACUCUUAAUGUAUCUUGUAUGUUGUUGUUGCCAUAUUAGAAGAAAAGUGUAAAAGUAGGUAAUUAAGUAUACUGACAGCACCAAAUAAGAUAUAUAAAACUGCAAAAUAAAAUUCCAGUAGUUUGUAAGUAUUACCAAAAAAGUCACCUUUGACUAAGGGGAAUUUUGCAUCCCACUGAAUCUUGGUGCCUUUGGAAUAGACUGGAUUUUAAGGGCCUACUCGUUUGAGGAUUUUGCUGUAUUGUUUUCCAUAAUGUCCUCUUUAGCCACCUUGGAUUAUGUAGAAAAACACAGGAUAGCUAAACAUAAAUACGAUUAACAACAAUAAUGCUGAAAAAGUAUUAGCCUACCAAAGACACACUCAGGCUUUAGUAACCUCAGUUUUUAACACACAUGUAUCUUCUCCAGUCAUGAAAUCAAAGCAAGGUGCAGAGUUUGUACCGAGUACUAAGUAGGGGUCCACAUGUGGCUGGCUUUAUUUUCCUUUGCUUUUGUUUAUGGAAGAUGUUCAGCUGACAUAAACAGAAGUUGGCCAAAAUACUGCCUGUGCCGUUAACUUCCUAUAUAAUUCACUUAAAUAAAACAGGCUAACCUCCGUGAUAGCAGUUAAAGUGUCCCAUCUUCAAUGUUUCUUUUAAGUAUUACCAUUAUGGUGCUACUGAGCGUUUUCUUUUGGUAAAAAGAAAAAUGCCAUGGGCUGCAGUCUUCUUUCAUCACUUUUUCUCACCAGGCCCAUUAAUAUGCUUAUAACACUAGUGCCAGUUAUUUUAUUUGAUAAUGCUUAUUAUGGUAUUUGUAUAUUUGUUUGCAUUCCAGUUUUGUUCAAUAGUGAGUGUGUAAACUGCAUACAUGAAAUAAAUGUAAAUACUAAUGUA